UAUCCCUUCAUUUCAUCACCAGCCUUAUUUUAUUUGCUUAUUUCCUCUUGAUUCUUCCUCUGCUACUACAUCAUUAACUCUGCUCUCCUGUACAAUUUUCUUUGAGAAGUUCUUGUGAUCAGACAGAUUUCUCAACUCUAAAGCGAUAAUAGAAAUGAAGAAAGUAGUGUUGAAAUUGGAGUUGCACGAUGACAAAGACAAGAAAAAAGCCAUGAAGAAAGUCUCUGGCCUUUCAGGGGUAGAAUCAAUCACCUUGGACAUGAAGGAUAAGAAAUUGACAGUAACAGGAGAUGUUGAUCCAGUUCAUAUAGUGAGCAAACUGAGAAAACUGUGUCAUACGGACAUAGUUUCAGUAGGACCAGCAAAAGAACCUGAAAAGAAGAAAGAAGAGCCCAAGAAAGAGGAACCAAAGAAACCAGAAGAGAAGAAGAAAGAUGAAAAAAAUGAUGUCGCAGACCUUGUCAAGGCAUACCAGGCCUAUAAUCCUCAUUUAACUACUUAUUAUUAUGUUAGAAGUGCAGAAGAAGAUCCUAAUGCCUGCGUCAUUUGCUGAUUUAUUAAUUUCAUCUUAAAAUUCGCAAAAUAAGAGAAGCAGGACUAGAGUUUUUAUUGUUUGACCACCUUGAAAGUUUGGAUAAUAUAUUAGAACCCCAUAUAAAUGAUUCUAGUAUUUCUGUACAGUAGUAUAAUGGUGGGUUGGGUUGUUCAACUUCAUAUAUGUUUGUUGUUCUCGUUUUCUGGAUGUAUCAAAUUUUGAUCGUGAUUUUCAUUAAUGAAUUUUUCUUUAGGUUGCUUUUC